ACCCCAUGAGUCUAUUUAGAUAAGAAAAGAAUCUAGAAAUCAAAAUAUUAUUGGUCCUCAUUUCUCCUACGUGGCUUUCCCAUCUAUAUUCUAAACUAUAGUCUUCAUUCUUCAAUAGCAAAGACCAAAUUCACUCUUACUCUUGAGAAUUAUCAGUGCCAAUAUCUCAACAUAUUCAUCAAUGGCAGCAACCAUGGCAAUGAUGAUCAACACAAAGUGCCUAAACACAGGCCUACCAAAGUUGCAAAACCUUAGCACCACUACUAAGCUAACAUCAACAUGCAAAACCACCACCAUGCAGAACCUACCAAAGGGUCUUGUCUCAACCAAGAACACCAACUUUGUGUCACCUUCACUUGCGAUUGCAGGAGCAAUAUUUUCAUCCCUUGCAACCUCCGAUGCGGCUUUCGCAGCUCAACAAAUAGCAGAAAUAGCAGAAGGUGAUAACAGAGGAACACUUCUGCUGUUUGUUGUUGCACCAGCUAUAGGUUGGGUUUUGUUCAACAUAUUGCAACCAGCUUUGAACCAAAUCAACCGUAUGCGUAACGCAAAGGGUGUGAUUGUUGGGCUUGGACUUGGACUUGGUGGACUUGCAGCUUCAGGUAUGGUGUCAGAAGCAUCUGCUAGUGAGAUUGGUUUGAUUGCUGAUGCUGCUGCUGGAAGUGACAACAGGGGAACACUUCUGUUGUUUGUUGUUGCACCAGCUAUCCUUUGGGUGCUGUACAAUAUUUUGCAGCCUGCUCUCAACCAGAUCAACAGGAUGAGAUCAGAUUAACCUAGGGGAGAUUUUUGUGCAAUGUUUUGUUGUAACACUUGUUUGUAACUUGUAUCUAAUGCUCUCUCUAUCAUGUGUUAUAUAUCAAACAUGGUUUUCUACUUAGCAUCCAUUCUAUUUUCUUA